AUGGUGAACUGGAAUAUUUUCCGCAUACUGGGAGAUUUAUCCCAUCUCGCAUCGAAGGGUAUCCUCAUCUUCUCGAUACAUCGAAACCGCAGCGCAGAGGGUGUUUCCCUAAUCACUCAAGUGCUGUACGCCCUGGUCUUCUGCACCCGGUAUCUCGACAUCUUCCGAACAAGUAUACUAUGGAACCUAUUAUUCAAGAUCGUCUACAUCUCAUCCUCGUUUUACACCAUUGGCAUAAUGCAGUGGGUGUUUCCGCGCUCGAGGGAACGUGAGCUCUCCUGGAAAAUGGGUGGCGGCGUACUAGCUGCGGCUGCAGUUCUAUCACCAUUUACAAUGAUGAUUUUUUAUGACAAAUGGACCUUUACAACGUGGAUGUGGGUAUUUUCCGAGAUUCUCGAAUCGGGCUGUAUCCUGCCCCAGUUACUCCUGUUAAGGCAAACCACUGUCCCGACUGUCAUCAAUUCCUUCUACCUCCUCGCCCUCGGAUCUUACAGAGCUCUAUACAUUCUGAACUGGUUUGUCCGCGAGUUCGACGCGACGGGCAGGAAACCCGAGGCGGUUGCCGUCAUCUUCGGCAUUAUCCAGACAGCGCUGUACGUUGACUUUGCAUGGGUUUACUACACCAGACAGCGCGUCAAGCUCCGAGGAGGUGGCAUUGUCGACGCUGACGACAUGCGCCGCGGCUGGUUACUCCGUCGCAUCUUUGGAAAGCACGUUGAAUCUGCGGAUGACGAAGAAAGCGCUCCGGCGUUGGGAGGCGAAAGGGAUGCAAGUAGGCGGCCUGCUCGACCUGGAUGGGGAGCGCGAGGCAUCUCCGUCAGCGCGGAUGAAGGCGUAUUCGACGCAGACCGACAUCAUGAUGACGAUGACGAUGGCCUCGAGGAAGGCGGUGUUGAUCCGGAUGCGAAGAUGAAAGACCCAGACGAGCUAGCCAAGGCACUGGACGACGAUGACGAAGAGGGUACUCCCACUGCUGGGUCGUCAAAGGGGAGUAAUGGGGGUAGCAUGCCAAGUGGCAUACGAAGCGGUGACGAGUGGCGCGACUAA